GAGUUCUCUUCCCCAUCCGCUGUCUCCCUCCGCCAAGUCCAACGAGCCGGAACUAGCUCGGAGAAAGAAGUCAGCGUCCUCUCGGCGCCGUCCGCUUGGCUCCUCGGCCGCCGGGGCGCGCGUGACUUUGCCCGCCGGUCCUAAGUCCUCCGUCCUGCCAAUGGGAGGAGAGUUCUGAGACCGCCGGGUGGAGCGGGGGCGGAGGGAUUCGGGGCGCGAGCUGCGGCCGCGGGCGCGGAGCUUGUGGCGCCAGAAUUCAGAGCGAGGCAGAGCUGGAGUAGCGGCCGCGGCGUUUCGGUCUCGUUUCCCGUGGUGGACGGCGGGGGCCGGGAGCCAGGAAGAUGGUGGUCCUUCGCAGCAGCCUGGAGCAGCACAGCCACUCCACCGAGUCGGCCGUGGACUCGCUGGACCUGUCGGCCGAGUUCCUCAGCCUGGGGCACAUCAGCCGGAGGCGGCUCCGUUCGGCCGCCGCCGCCGAGCAGCCCGUCGUCCCCGCGCGCGAUGGUUCUUCGGUUAAAGAAGUAGAAGUCUACCACCGGACACGUUCUUUAAAGUCUUUGAGAAAAAAUGCACAGAAUUCUUCAGAUUCUAGUUUUGAUAAAAAUUUGGAACUAACGGAGACAUGUGCUAAUGGCAGACAUUUUACAAGACAGUUGGCCAGACAGCAGGCUGACAAAAGGAAAGAAGAAAGCAAAGAAGACAAAGUGGUGCCAGUUACUCGAUCCCUGCGGACGAGAAACACUGUUCAGACUGCAGGUCAUUUACAUGAAGAAAAUGGUGAUGUUGAGGUUCGCCGAAGUUGUAGGAUUAGAAGUCGUUACAGCACUGUGAACCAGUCUGUUCUGUUUGAUAAACUUAUAACAAAUACUGCUGAAGCUGUACUCCAAAAAAUGGAUGAUAUGAAGAAGUUGCGUAGAAAGCGGAUGAGAGAGCUUGAAGACUUGGGAGUGUUUAAUGAAAGAGAAAAAGGGGAUCUUAGUAUGUAUAAACGAGGAAAACAAAAAGGUAUUCAAAGAACUGAUGAAGAAACAACUGACAAUCAAGAAGGAAGCGCAGAGUCAUCUGAAGAGGGGGAGGACCAAGAAGAUGAAGAUGAUGGUGAAGAUGAAGACGAUGAAGAUGAAGAAGAUGGAGAAGAAGACAAUCAGAAACGAUACUAUCUUAGACAGCGAAAAGCCACUGUAUACUACCAGGCUCCAUUGGAAAAACCUCGCCACCAGAGAAAGCCCAACAUAUUUUAUCGUGGCCCAGCUUCUCCUGCAAGACCAAGAUACCGACUAUCUUCUGCAGGACCAAGAAGUCCUUACUGUAAACGAAUGAGCAGGCGAAGGCAUGCUAUCCACAGUAGUGAUUCUACAUCUUCUUCCUCUUCAGAAGAUGAACACUUUGAGAGGAGAAGGAAAAGAAGUCGUAAUAGAGCAAUUAACAGAUGCCUUCCUCUAAAUUUUCGGAAAGAUGAACUAAAAGGAAUUUAUAAAGAUCGAAUAAAAAUUGGAGCAAGCCUUGCCGAUGUUGAUCCAAUGCAACUCGAUUCUUCAGUACGCUUUGAUAGUGUUGGUGGCUUAUCUAAUCAUAUUGCAGCUCUAAAAGAAAUGGUGGUAUUUCCAUUACUUUACCCAGAGGUCUUUGAAAAGUUCAAAAUUCAGCCUCCAAGAGGUUGUUUGUUUUAUGGUCCACCUGGAACGGGGAAAACACUGGUUGCUAGAGCACUUGCCAAUGAAUGCAGUCAGGGAGAUAAGAGAGUGGCGUUUUUCAUGAGGAAAGGUGCUGACUGUCUGAGUAAAUGGGUAGGCGAAUCUGAAAGACAGCUACGAUUGCUGUUUGAUCAGGCUUACCAGAUGCGCCCAUCAAUAAUUUUCUUUGAUGAAAUUGAUGGCCUGGCUCCAGUACGAUCAAGCAGGCAGGAUCAAAUUCACAGUUCUAUUGUUUCCACACUGCUGGCCCUUAUGGAUGGAUUGGAUAGCAGAGGAGAAAUCGUGGUCAUUGGUGCAACUAACAGGCUGGAUUCUAUUGAUCCUGCAUUACGAAGGCCUGGUCGCUUUGACAGAGAAUUUCUGUUCAGUCUCCCUGACAAAGAUGCUCGAAAAGAAAUCCUCAAGAUUCAUACAAGGGAUUGGAACCCUAAACCACUGGACUUAUUUCUAGAAGAACUAGCAGAAAACUGUGUUGGAUACUGUGGUGCAGAUAUCAAGUCAAUUUGUUCUGAGGCAGCUUUAUGUGCUCUGCGUCGACGCUACCCACAGAUCUAUACCACCAGUGAGAAACUACAGUUGGAUCUCUCUUCAAUUAAUAUCUCAGCUAAGGAUUUUGAGGUAGCUAUGCAGAAAAUGAUCCCAGCCUCCCAAAGAGCCGUGACUUCACCUGGACAGGCACUGUCCACCAUUGUGAAACCACUCCUAGAAAGCACUGUUGAGAAGAUCUUGGAGGCGCUGAGGAGAGUGUUUCCUCAUGCAGAAAGCAAAGGAAAUAAAGACUCAGAUAUCCCUUGUCCUCUGCUAGAAAGUGAUUUGACGUACAGUGAUGAUGAUACCCCAUCAGUAUAUGAAAAUGGACUAUCUCAGAAAUGUCUUAAUAAAACAAAAGAGAAUUUAAAUUUUCUUCAUUUGAAUAGAAAUGCUUGUUAUCAACCUCUGUCUUUUCGACCAAGAAUAUUGAUAGUGGGAGAACCAGGAUUUGGGCAAGGUUCUCAUCUAGCACCAGCUGUCAUCCAUGCUUUAGAAAAAUUUACAGUAUAUACAUUAGACAUUCCUGUUCUUUUUGGAGUCAGUACUACAUCUCCUGAAGAAACAUGUGCUCAGCUGAUUCGUGAAGCCAAGAGAACAGCACCUAGUAUCGUGUACAUUCCUUAUAUCCACUUGUGGUGGGAAAUAAUUGGACCAACCCUCAAAGCCACAUUUACCACAUUACUACAGAAUAUUCCUUCAUUCGCUCCAGUUUUACUACUUGCAACUUCUGACAAACCCCAUUCUGUUCUGCCAGAAGAGGUACAAGAAUUAUUUAUCCAUGACUAUGGGGAAAUUUUUAAUGUUCAGUUACCUGGUAAAGAAGAACGGACAAAAUUUUUUGAAGAUUUAAUUUUAAAUCAAGCUGCUAAGCCUCCUAUAUCAAAAAAGAAAGCAGUUUUGCAGGCCUUGGAGGUCCUCCCAGUAGCACCACCACCUGAACCAAGACCGUUGACAGCAGAGGAAGUGAAAAAACUUGAAGAACAAGAAGAAGAUACAUUUAGAGAACUGAGGAUUUUCCUAAGAAAUGUUACACAUCGGCUUGCUAUUGACAAGAGAUUCAGAGUAUUUACUAAACCCGUUGACCUUGAUGAGGUUCCUGAUUAUGUGACUGUAAUAAAACAACCAAUGGACCUUUCAUCUGUGAUAAGUAAAAUCGACCUCCACAAAUACCUGACAGUAAAGGACUAUCUCAGUGACAUUGAUCUGAUCUGUAGCAAUGCCUUAGAGUACAAUCCAGAUAGAGACCCUGGAGAUCGUCUUAUUAGGCACAGGGCCUGUGCUUUAAGAGACACUGCAUAUGCUAUAAUUAAAGAGGAACUCGAUGAAGACUUUGAGCAGCUUUGUGAAGAAAUUCAGGAAUCUAGAAAGAAGAGAGGUUGUAGCUCCUCCAAAUAUGCCCCAUCUUACUACCACGUGAUGCCAAAGCAAAAUACCACUCUUGGUGAUAAAAGACCAGAUCCAGAACAGAAUGAAAAACUAAAGGCACCUAGUGCCCCUGUGGCUUGCAGCACUCCUGCUCAAAUAAAGAGAAAAAUCCGCAAAAAGUCUAGGUGGUACUUGGGCACUAUAACAAAACGAAGGAGAAUUUCACAAGCAAAAGAUGAUAGUCAAAAUGUCAUCAAUGACAAAAUUGAGAGUGAUACAGAGGAAAAUCAAGAUACAAGUGCAGACCACAAUGAGACUGGAAACACAGGAGAGUCUUCAGUGGAAGAAAAUGAGAAGCUGCAAAAUACUUUUGAAAGCAAAACAGAAUUGGGAAACAAUUAUUCAGGCAUUGAAAAUGAACUUAAAGACUCUAGAAAGACUACGCCUUGUUCAGAAUUAAGGAAGGAUAAAGCUGCUUGUAAUGAAGAUGUUUCUAACUCACAGAUAAUAGGUAUAUCUGAUGAAAAUGAAGCAAAAGAAAUGUGUAUUCUGCGAAUGACUCGUGCUCGACGCUCCCAAGUAGAACAGCAGCAACUCAUCAGUGUUGAAAAGGCUUUGGCAAUUCUCUCUCAACCUACACCCUCGCUUGUGGUAGACCAUGAACGAUUAAAAAACCUUUUGAAGACUGUUGUUAAAAAAAGUCAAGAAUACAACAUUUUUCAGUUGGAAAAUUUGUAUGCAGUAAUCAGCCAGUGUAUUUAUCUACAUCGCAGGGACUAUGACAAAACAAUACUUAUUCAGAAAAUGGAGCAAGAGGUAGAAAACUUCAGUUGUUCCAGAUCAUGAUGUCACGGUGGUGGAUAGUUUUUAUAUACAGUUUUUAUUUAAUUCGUCUUUGUCAUAUCUUCAUAAUUGAUGAAGGACAUAACCCUGCAUCUUUAGGAAGAAUAUGAAAAUGUUAAAUAAACUAUUUAAAUUUUCCCUGGUACUUAUGUAUAUAUGUAAAAUACUGAUAAAUAUUGAAAGUUUGAUUAAACAAAGCAUGGUAAUAAGAGAAUUACUAUGGCCUAGUUAGUCAAAGUGUGGCCAGCUCUUAAUAAAGUUAUUUUGAUGACUAAUGUUUUAUGUCACAUAAGAAUGAGUGACAUUGACAUUUUUGUUAUGCACUUUUGAUUUUAUCCUUCCUAAAAGUUUAUUUUAUCUGUCUAGAAAUUUAGCUAUUAUAUUAAGUUUGCUAUCACUUGUCUGUUUCAGUGCCCACCUACUGUUAACUUUCUCUGCCUUACUCUCACCUAGAAGUCAAUGUUCAAGUCAUGAUGUGCUCUUAAGCAACUGGUUAUACCAGAAUUCUGUACUUGAAUGCCAAAAUUAAUGCCUUGUACAUGAAUGUUUUUAUAAUUCUAAUUUGGGUUAAUAAAAGUUUUUAACACUUUG